UGGGGUACCUUAUCAAGUGCCUUGCUGAAAUCCAUAUACACGACAUCAACUGCUCUACCUCCAUAAAUGUGUUUAGUCACAUCCUCAGAAAAUUCAAUCAGGCCGGUAAGGCACGAGCUGCCCUUGAUAAAGCCAAGCUGACUAUUCCUGAUCAUGUUAUGCCUCUCCAAAUGUUCAUAAAUUCAUGAAACAGGGCAUGUGAAGUUGAAUUCCUUACUUCCUAUUUUCAGUUAGCUCUGCUGAGCCAGUUCCUCCAUCACCAGGGUAACAGCCCAGCAGAGCUCCAGAGUGUUGAACAUAUUUAUCGCUCUCUGGUCACCGCCCCUCAGUGACCUCAGGAGCCGGUGUGGGUGCCCGGAUGCCUUGAGCAUUCACUGUAUGGAAUAUAUAACGUUUCUAUCGCAGUAAAGAGAUAACUAAUGAAUGUAGGGAUUGCAUUCAUGCAAAUCUGUUUAGGAAGUCACAAACAGGGUUCAACAGGGAUCACUCCCUCCACAAUUCCCUUGUUCAUUCAUCCCUCCUCACUAAUCUUCUUCCAGAUACUUAUACCUGCAUAAGCCUAAGUGCUACACCUGCCGUACCCCUCCUCCCUCAUCUCCAUUCAGAGACACAAAGCAGUCCUUCCGGAUGAGGCAACGCUUCAUCUGCGAAUCUAUUGCUGGGGUCAUCUAUUGUGUCCCGUGCUCCCAAUGCGGCCUCCUUCACAUUGGUGAGACCCGCCAUAAACUGGGAGACCGUUUUUUUUUUUAGCAUCACUGUAUCAUCUGCCACAAGGGGGACUUUGCAGUGGCCAAACGGUUUAAUUCUGAUUCCCAUUCCGACGUUUCGAUCAGACCGCCCUCAGGGUGGACCUUAGUGAUCGUUUUCACAAAAAAAAGGCCGGCAGAUGUGUGGAGACGGAAGGGAUGGAGGAAAUAUGGAUCGGACAGAAACAUGUGGCUGAGAUGGGAGAGCAGCCGCCAUCUUGUUGAUGGUUAGAGGGGCUGAAUGGCCUCCUCCUGCUGUUUUUCACUUGAUGUUUCAGUGUUCCUGUCCAGUGAGGCUCCGGAGGAAUGUGAAUAGAAAAAAAGUGUUUAGAAACAUAGAAGUGAUUUCAAUGAAACCUGCACAAUUCCUUUCCGGGUGGGAAUUGUAUGUCAUACCGGGAUGGGAAUCGAACCCUUAACUCUGAGAACCGGAAGAUGGUGCCAUGGGGACGGGAAAGAUCCAGAGGGAAACACUAAAAACGUAGCUGGUAAAUAUGGAAUAAUGUGGGGAAUGCAGCAGGUAGGUCGGACAGUGUGUGAGGGGCGAGGAGCAGAGUCACCGGUUUCUCGCUCCCAUUUCAAACGCAGAUCUGCAGCAUCUCAGGUUUUUGCUUCCGAGGCCCCGCCCCCGCUCUCACAGUCUCCGGAUGGGCGGGGGUUUUCUUUCCGUUCUCUGUUGAAGCUGAUCGUCUGUGGGGAGCCGGUGGACGGAUCUCGCUGCUCUCCGGACAAAUUGAUGAACUUCUCAUCGGUCAGUUUUGAGGCCGGUCACUGGGGUUGAACGCAACCGACAGGUUCCCAUCGUUAGACCUGCGGUGAGAGAUUUAUUGGAAGAAAAGCCCACAGCUGGAAAGAAGCCACGAAUGAGAACGAGGGAACAGCGACAAGUGAACCAGCCCGAGGACUGAGAGUACCAACUGAAGAGAAACCUCUGACUCAGAGUUUCCAUUGAUUCAGUCAGGAGAAAGUCUGAGCCUCACCAGCAGGUGGAGCUGUCCUGCAGAGCGACCAAAGUGUGAACAAGACGACGACAAUCAACAAUCGUCAGUCAGAAUCAGAAUGGACAAAGUAUGGAACGUAUUGAAGAGGAUUUUACCAGGCGGAUCAUCAAGGGAAGAUGAUCGGGACAAGGGAAGCAAGGUACCAGCGCAGGGUCAGAUUGAGAGCGGUGUCCCAAUGGAAUCCGGUCCGGCCGCAGAGAAGGAGGAGAAAAUUCAGCCCAGAGACAGUGACGUCAGGGACACUGAUCCGGACCCUGGAACCGGCACAAGUGAGGCGACUAUCUGUCAGCCCAGAGACAGUGGCGUCAGAGACACCGAUCAGGACCCUGGAACCGGCACAAGUGAGGCGACUGCCUGUCAGCUCGGAAGCUCAUUGAACACAGGACUGCCAAGUCCCAAAGAAGGAUCGGAGCCAGAGUUUACAAUCUCUGAACUCCUGGCAGAAGGGGAGGAAUAUCGACUGUACCAACUGACAAAGUUCUACAGGGACAGACUCAAACAAGCAAUUGAAGAAAAGGUUGAGAGACUGGGUUGGAUGUUGACAAAGGAGGGACAUUUCAGUAGAGAAGAAAAUGAGAAAGUCACUGAACUGACAGAGAAGGGAAACCGGGCAGAGAGUUCCAGACUCUUCCUCAGUCUGGUGAAUGGCAAAGGCUCCCGGGCCCGGAGGGCGAUGUGGGAAUCCUUUCUGAUGUGGAGGACUGAGUUACCGAAGUUGGACAGAAUACUGAGGGAAAUACAGGAACUCGGUCCUGAUCCACAGGAAUACAUGAACAUCGCCCAAGGUUUAUCUGAAUUACCCACUCAGCUGAUAGAUGUUCAACAGAAACACAAGGAGACUCUGCGGACACGAACUGAAACACUGAGAGUGAACACGAUCCUGAUGACGGAGAAGGUGAAGGUUUUCCAGCUGGCUGAUCGAUACGCUGAGCUCACGGUCAUUUCUACUGUUCGAGAUCGGACACUGGUGGAACAUGAGCUGCUGGCAAGAGGCAGAGACCAUGAGCAUUAUAGAGAGAAACAACUCCGCAGACAGCUGGAAAAAAUCCGUACUGAUCAGUUAUUCCACAGCAGCUUUUCCCGGAGUAAAUCCAAAUCUGGGAGUUCAGCAGCAGUGGCCGGAGUCCCGGGGAUCGGGAAAACAACGAUGGUACAAAAGAUUGUUUAUGACUGGGCCAUGGGGAAAAUAUAUCAACAGUUCCAGUUUGUCUUCAGUUUCAAAUUCCGAGAUUUAAACAGUAUUGACUGUCGAAUAAACCUGAAGGAACUGAUUCUGGAUCAGUAUCCUUACUUUGGGAAUAUCCUGAGAGAAGUCUGGAAGAACCCAGAGGGAUUGCUGUUUAUAUUCGAUGGUUUAGAUGAAUUCAAACACAAAAUCGAUUUUGCGGACAGUCGGAGAGAUACAGAACAAAAGCACCAGUGCCCAGAUCCCGAGUGGUGGUGUGAAGUGUCGGACAUUGUGUACAGUUUAAUCCAGGGCAAGCUGCUCCCAGGGUGUUCAGUGCUGGUGACCACCCGCCCCACUGCGUUACAUUUAUUGGAAAAGGCGGAUAUCAGUGUCCGGGCUGAAAUCCUGGGAUUUGUUGGUGAGGAACGGAAGGAAUAUUUCAUCAGACAUUUUGAAGAUCAGACGGUGGCCGAAGCUGUUUUCAAACACGUGAAGGAGAACGAGAUCCUGUACACCAUGAGCUACAACCCCUCCUACUGCUGGAUCCUCGCUCUGGCACUGGGCCCCUUCUUCACACAAAGAGUCAGGGACCCACAGCGAGUUCCCAAGACUAUCACCCAACUGUACUCCUACUAUAUUUACAACAUCCUGAAAAACCACGGCCGUGAGAUUGAGAGACCCCGUGAUGUGUUACUCAGGGUUGGUCAGAUGGCCUUCAGAGGAGUGUCCGAGAAGAAGAUUGUGUUUACAGAUGGAGAUUUGAUCAAGUACAAUCUUCAGCCUUCCCAGUUCCUGUCCGGGUUCCUGAUGGAGCUUUUGGAGAGAGAGGAUUCUGCCCAGAGCGUGGUGUACACAUUCCCACACCUCACCAUCCAAGAGUUUGUAGCUGCAGUGACACAAUUCCUGAUCCCAGAUGGCAGAGAUAUUAAGAAACUCCUCACUGAAACCCACAACACGACAGAUGGGCGAUUUGAGGUAUUUCUCCGUUUUGUUGCUGGUCUCUCCUCUCCAAUGACAGCUCGGGGCCUGGUGGAGAUUCUGGGUCCAUUUCCUCAUGAAACAACCUGCCGGGUGAUUGACUGGGUGAAGGAGGAGGUUAAACGUCAGAGUGGAAACACAGAGAGUGAAGCUGGUAAAAGGAGCCUCCUGAACACAUUGCACUACCUGUUUGAGUCUCAGAAUCGUGGACUGGCUCAGGACGCACUGGGAUCUGUGGAAACACUUUCAUUCAGUAGAUUGACACUGACCCCGAUUGACUGCGCGGUCCUGUCUCAUGCCAUCGGAUUCUGUGAUACAAUAAAACACCUCGACCUGGAGAACUGCCACAUUCAGUGUGAAGGAAUCCAGCGGCUGGGACCCGGGCUGCACAAGUGCCAGGUGUUGAGUCUGAACAAUAAUAAACUGGGGGAUUCAGGAGUGAAACUGGUGUCUGCGGCUCUGAGGAACCCGGAGUGUAAAAUACAGAGACUGUGGCUGAGGGGUGUCGGUCUCACAGAUUCUGGUGCCGAGGAUCUCGUCUCCGCUCUCAGUACAAACCCAUCACUGACGGAGCUGGACCUGAGUUAUAAUAAACUGGGGGAUUCAGGAGUGAAACUGGUGUCUGCGGCUCUGAGGAACCCGGAGUGUAAAAUACAGAGACUGUGGCUGGGGGAUGUCGGUCUCACAGAUUCUGGUGCCGAGGAUCUCGCCUCCGCUCUCAGUACAAACCCGUCACUGACGGAGCUGGACCUGAGUGAUAAUAAACUGGGGGAUUCAGGAGUGAAACUGGUGUCUGCGGCUCUGAGGAACCCGGAGUGUAAAAUACAGAGACUGGGGCUGUGGGAUGUCGGUCUCACAGAUUCUGGUGCCGAGGAUCUCGUCUCCGCUCUCAGUACAAACCCAUCACUGACUUGGCUGGACCUGACAUUAAACUCUCUGACAGACCGAUCUGUCCCCGCUCUCCGCCGCCUCAUACUGACCCUCCCGAGUCUGGAGCUGAUCUGGUGAGUGUUUGUGUUAAUGUUCAAUGUGAUAAAAUAUCAGCGGAUCCGCGGGUUUUCUGGUGAUAUUUGUCUGUGAGUGUUGUUGAAACAUUAACCCCGGUCCCCUGUUACUGACACUGUUGUGUGAUCUGUUUAUUCCAUCUUUAUUCUCCCAUCUGUUUCAGGCUGGGGGGGAAUCGGUUCAGUGAGACCGGGAUGAAGGAACUGAGAUCUCUACAGGAACCCAGACCCAGACUGAGAGUGGAUCUGUGAACAUCUGAAUGUGGGGAAUCGGUUCAGUGAGACCGGGAGGAAGGAACUGAGAUCUCUACAGGAACCCAGACCCGGACUGAUGGUGGAUCUGUGAACAUCUGAAUG